GUUAGAAAUUUCAGUUAAAAUGGAGCGAAAAGAAGGCCAUUUGUUGGAGGGAUAUAAGGAGAUAAUCAAACACAAAUAAUGGCAUCGGGGUCGUCUUGGUUUGGUGCUGUAUGCCUUUCUUCUUGGAUUCAGAUGGCCUCAACCUCAACCCCCAAAACCUCGCUUGGUCAAACCCCUCCUCAAAACACGACACCAUAUCCGUGAUCCUCACCUCUCUCUCUCUCUCUUUCUCUCUCUCUCUCUUUAGUCAUAGCUUGUAGAUAGACAUGGCAAAUCAGAUUCUGUGGAAUUAUUGCUCUGUAGAUAUUAUAAAUAAACUUCACGCAAAAACCAUUCUUUGCUUUCAAGAGAUGGUUUCGGAUAUCCCUUGCUAUCUUGGACUCUAGCUUCUCUGCUCGUGUGUAUAAAUAUAGGCCCCUCACUCUCAGUCUCAGUCUCUCACUCCCACAUGUGCUUCUGCCUUUAACUUUUUCUUGGUCUCUCUUCCUUUAUACACUUGUUAAUUCAAUUUAUACUCAGAAUAUGUGUUUUCGAUCACGUUCCUCCCAAGGUCACUGAAAUUGGAAUUCCCUGUCUUCAGGGUUUUGCCAAAAAUAGAUGCUUUGAUUUUAUUUACUUGAAAUUUGAGGUCAAACUGAUUGUUUUCUGUGCUCUGUUCUCUGUUCUUAUGGAGCUUUGUCACUUUGAUGAGAUUUUCUUUGUUGGGUUUUGUUAAAAAUUGAACCUUUUGAUUUUUGGCAGUUGAAUGUGAAGUUGCGAACUGCAUUUGACUGCUUAGUGGUUUGUUGGUAUUUACUUGCUUUCAAUCACAUUUGGGUAACUUUUAAUCUGGAAUUUUUUUAUUUUUUUUUUUUUCAUAAUGAAAAUGAAGGUCUUUCUGUCUAUUGAUUUAUUAGCGGUGUUUAUAAUCAUUUUUCUAUGUGGUUUUUCUCUGGGUAAGGAGUGUACCAACAUUCCUACUCAGCUCUCAUCACAUAGUUUUCGACAUGAGCUUUUAUCUUCCCACAAUAAAACAUGGAAGGAAGAGAUGUUCUCAUACUACCACUUGAUACCAACCGAUGAUUCUGCGUGGAUGAAUUUGCUUCCAAGAAAGAUACUGAGGGAAGAAGAUGAAAAUGAAUGGGCAAUGAUGUACAGGAAAAUGAAAAUUCCAAAUGGUUUUGAGGCCUCUGGAGGCUUUCUUAAGGAAGUGUCAUUGCAUGAUGUGAGGUUGGAUCCAACUUCACAACAUGGACGGGCACAGCAAACAAAUUUGGAGUACCUAUUGAUGUUAGACUCAGAUAGUUUACUUUGGAGCUUUCGGAAGACAGCAGGUUUACCAACAAUUGGGACACCAUAUAAGGGGUGGGAGGAGCCGACUGGUGAGCUUCGAGGUCAUUUUGUAGGGCAUUACUUGAGUGCAUCAGCACUAAUGUGGGCUAGCACUCACAACAAUACCCUCAAAGAUAAAAUGUCUGCAAUAGUGGACAAUCUAUAUCUUUGUCAGAAGAAAAUUGGCAGUGGAUAUCUUUCUGCUUUUCCGUCUGAGCAAUUUGAUCGAUUUGAAGCUAUUAAGCCUGUCUGGGCUCCUUAUUACACCAUUCACAAGAUCUUGGCAGGCCUAUUGGAUCAAUAUACAUAUGGUGAAAAUACUCAAGCUUUAAAAAUGGUGACAUGGAUGGUCGAUUACUUUUACAACCGUGUUCAGAAUGUAAUUUCAAAGUACAGCGUAGAAAGACAUUAUCUGUCACUUAAUGAAGAAACCGGUGGCAUGAAUGAUGUUCUUUAUAAGUUAUAUGUUAUCACAAAAGAUACGAAGCAUUUGUUGUUGGCUCAUCUUUUUGACAAACCAUGCUUUCUAGGAUUGCUGGCAGUGCAGGCUGACGACAUAUCUGGUUUUCACGCUAACACGCAUAUCCCAAUUGUUAUUGGUUCUCAAAUGCGAUAUGAAGUCACUGGUGAUCCACUUUAUAAGGAAAUGGGGAUUUUCUUUAUGAACAUUGUUAACUCUUCCCACAGCUAUGCAACAGGAGGGACAUCAGUCAGUGAGUUCUGGUCAGACCCUAAAAGAUUGGCAAGCACUCUACAAACAGAGAAUGAGGAGUCGUGCACGACUUAUAACAUGUUGAAGGUCUCUCGCCACCUGUUUAAAUGGACCAAAGAAACAGCAUAUGCGGAUUAUUAUGAACGAGCUCUGACAAAUGGUGUGCUAAGCAUCCAAAGAGGGACAGAGCCUGGAGUCAUGAUUUACAUGCUCCCACUUGGUCGUGGAGAUUCCAAGGCCAGAAGCUACCAUGGUUGGGGAAAACCAUUUGAGUCGUUCUGGUGCUGCUAUGGCACUGGAAUUGAAUCAUUCUCAAAGUUAGCAGAUUCCAUAUAUUUUGAAGAGGGAGGAGAAGUUCCUGGUCUUUACAUUAUCCAGUAUAUAUCAAGCUUGCUUGAUUGGAAAUCUGGACAAAUUGUGCUUAAUCAGACAGUUGAUCAAGUCAAUUCAUGGGAUCCUUACCUUAGAGUCACAUUGACAUUUUCUUCAAAGGAGGGGACAGGCAAAUCAUCUACCUUGAACUUGCGAAUGCCUAUUUGGACUGCUUCAAAUGGUGCAAAAGCAGCAUUGAAUGGUCAAAGUCUGAGUGUACCAGCUCCAGGUAGUUUCCUAUCUGUCACAAGCAAAUGGAGUUCUGGUGACACUUUGACCCUUCAGCUACCCAUUAGUCUAAGAACAGAGGCUAUUCAAGAUGAUCGGCCUGAGUAUGCUUCAAUUCAAGCAAUUCUUUAUGGUCCAUAUCUGCUUGCGGCUCAUACCAGCGGUAACUGGGACAUUAAAACUGGCUCAGCUAAAACCGUUGCCGACUGGAUAACUCCAAUCCCUUCUUCAUACAAUAAUUUUUUGGUUUCCUUCUCCCAAGAAUAUGGAAACUCAAAAUUUGUCAUAGCUGUCGUAAACCAAUCAAUUUCAUUGGACGUCUUUCCUGAAACUGGCACUGACGCUUCUGCUCAUGCCACUUUCAGACUCAUUUUAAACGACUUGUCCACAAAGCUCUCUACAGUGAAUGAUGCUAUUGGCAAAUCAGUCAUUCUAGAACUGUUUAAUCUUCCAGGAAAGGUUUUAGUGCAGCAAGGGAAAGACAAGAAUCUUGGGAUAGCAGAUAUGUCCAGUAGUAAGGACUCUUCAGUUUUCCAUUUGGUUCCAGGUUUGGAUGGAAAGAACACAGUAUCCUUAGAGUCAGAAAGCUUCAAAGGUUGCUUUGUGUACAGUGAAAAAAUUGAGGCACUGGCAGGCUUGAAGCUCGUCUGCAGUCCAGAGUCAUCGGAUGCUGGAUUCAACCAGGCAGCCAGCUUCGUAAAGAGUAAUGGAAUAAGCCAGCAUCAUCCUAUCAGCUUUGUGGCUAAAGGAGCAACAAGGAGCUUUCUUCUAGCACCAUUGUCAAGCUUCAGUGAUGAAUCUUACACUGCUUAUCUCAACAUUACAGCCUGAUAAGUAGGGACAGGAUUGUGGAAACCGGAACGAAUCUAUUUGAUAUCAAACUAUUUAUGAUAGUUUUUAUUUUUCUCA